UGGAGUGUUUGACGGAGGAGUUCAUCCCAGUACUCUGGUGUACUUAAUUAAUUUGUGAAUUAAAUAUUGACAAAUAAUGCAGAAAGAAAUAUGUAAGAAGAUGCUGAUUAUAAUUCAAACUACUUGAGGUAACUGCAAUUAAAAAACAAUGGUGUUAAAACGUCUAAUAGAUUCUCACGAUGGCUCUACUGGAGCCUUGGGUCAAACCAGGCCCUGCUGGUCUGGAGCCUGAUGUUUACUCCCUCGCCUCCCUAUGCAUCUGUGCAUCUGUCCUCUUGAACUGGGACACGCAUGACCUGAAUAGCUGACGACCUGCUCGCUCCUCCCCGGGGGGGCGAGUGACUUUUGCUGGGGCUGAGAUCUCAAAUACGGUCAGGGAGGCCUCAGCGCUGUCACCGGUGUCAUCUCACACUGUACGUGGCGACGGGAGACCCGUUAGCGCUACGUCUGCUUGGACACUCGUACGGUGUCUCAUGCAGAGCCUUGGACCUGCUGAAUCUAGGCCAGACAUCUGCUGAUGUUGCCCCAUACUGAGCACAGCAUGGAGUAGAAAGGUCAACUUAAAGUUAAGUCCACUCUUGCUCAUAGUUAUAUUUGUGCCUGUACACAAGAAGUAGUGCAUGCACACUGGACCCACCUGUAUGUACGAUGCCAGGAGCCACUGAAGCCACGCCCUUCUGCCAUGUCCACAGUUUCAUAGUUAAAUAGCUGAAGUCCACAACCAACAGCUAUUCCAGACCUCGAGACCAUAAAACCGGCUUCAGUGAAGAAACCAGAGGAGCUGCUGCAUCUGAAUGCUGCUCUCCCCCCUCUGAGCUCAAACAUAAACCGCUUCAAUUUGUUGAGGCCUCGCUAUUUUGCUUCAUACAUUUGCACAUAUUUAUUUAUGUCGUUUUUAUUUGUGCCAGUGUUUAUACGUCUGACGCAAGUCUGGUUUGUUGUAUUUGAGCUGAGGUUGGUGCCUGGAUCCCAGCCCUGUUUGUAAACCACAAGAAACUGAGAGUGCAACACACACACACACACACACACACACACACAGUACUCACUACUGCCAGGUUUGUGUAGUGCAACAUUAGAUGUGCACACACACACACACACACACACACGCAAACAAUUGCUGUUGUUUCGCAACCAAUUUUAAAUGUGCAACAAACUCUCAUGUAAAACAGACCCGUUAAAAACCAGCGCUCAUAGAACGUCUAGUGAGUUGAUGUAGUUACUCAGCUUUUGUGUAUUAAGGAAAAUAAACAAAAUGUAAUGAGGACAUAUUUUAGGAAAAUAUGAAAACGCUCAUCCUCUCAGACUUCUAAGAUUUUCCCUUCAUUACACAUUUUCAUGGUCUUAAUUUCAGCCUUUACAGUUGUUUUCUUUGGGUUUUCAGUGAGAAAACAAACAUGUACCAUCUUUGUUUGAUUACUCAUUAAAUGGGAAAUAUACUGUAUGCUGAUAGUUGAUCGCCUUUUUGGGGGGUUUCCCCUGUUGCUCCAUCUCUAAUGUGGGAAAAGGAGACCUCUCCCUGGGCUGUUGGCGUGGCAACAGCAACUGUGUGUGUGUGUGUGUGUGUGUGUGUGUGUGUGUGUGUGUGCGCGUGUGUGGCUGCACACUAGAGAGAUGACAGGAGGGAGGCCAAAGUAGAGUGAUUGCCCAGAUUGCUGGCGCAGUUGGACAAAGUUACCCAUGCAGUCACAGCCUGUGUAUGUGCGUGCGUGUGUGUGUGUGUGUGUGUGUGUGUGUGUGUGUGUGUGUGUGUGUGUGUUUGGUGCUGCAGGUUAGGCUCAGGGCCCAGACACACACACACACACACACAACCUCUCCCCCAUGCUGCUAUGUUGCCAUUGCCAGCUCAAUCUGCCUAAUGUUGGAUACACGCAAGUUUACACCCUAACACACAUCGCUGUAGUAAUACAAAAACACACGCACACACACACGGAAAAUGGAAUUCCCUACUCUGCUAGCCCAUCUAAUUAUACCACACUCACACACACACACACACACACCACACACUCAUACCUUUCUCAGAAUGAAAGUUUGGCAUGACCACUGCCUCCAAACAUUUUCUAAGGUUAAGAAAACUGACCUUUAAACGGGACACAUCGUGCUUAUUUUCAGAUUCAUACUUGUAUUUUGGGUACCUUAUAGAACAUGUUUACGUGCUUUAAUGUUCACAAAACACUUUAGUUUCUCACACUGUCUGUCUGAAUAUACCUGUUUUCGUCCUCUGUCUGAAACGCUCCGUUUUAGCGCCUGUCUCUUUAAGAGCCUUGCUCUUUUCAAAGUUUGUGGGUCGGGAAGACACUCCAGACACCCGAUUGUGUGUGCAUGGAAGAAAUUAGUUUUUCAUAUGUCCCCUUUAAAUUAUGUAGAUCUUCAUCUUAAAUCCACACUUUCCUACUUAAAUAUUGCAUAUAUCACCACGAGAUAGCUUCCUUUAAUUCUCUUUUAAGAGCCACUAUUGAAGCUGACAUUUUAAACGACCGUGGCUGUCCAUAUGUUGAAACUGUACUAACCCCUCCUUGUUAAAGCCCCUUGAAUGCACUAUAACUGUACCCCAAAGCAAACAGCAGCAAUAAUCUCUCUUCAUCCGAGUUGUCUUGUUACAAUGAGACAUGAGACACUUCCAUGAGCUGUGAGGAAAUGAACAAAUGUGAGGAAGUGGACAUCUCCGGGAAAGCAAUUUGGGGGGUGGGGUGGGGGGAGCACACAUUCGUGCGGCGUCCAACAGUUUCACACACAGUUCAGUUUUGACUUAAGGUGGGCUGACGAGGAAAUGGGAGGCAGGAGGAGCCGGCUGAACGUGUGUUUGGGAGAAUCGGGCGGAAAGAGUGCCGAUCGUGGGGCCACCUUAAGAAGGGGGAGAAAGAAAGAAAGAAAAACUGCAAGUGGAGGAAAAGAGAAGAAGUGGGGAGAAAAAAACAGAAGUGAGCAGGAUUUGUUUUCCAAAUGCAGUCACAUUCUUGGCAGCACCUUAGCUUGUCCUUGCCAGAGGAGGGUGGGAAAAGGAGGGAGGGAUGAGAGAGGGAGGGGGAGAAAGAGAGAGAGAGAGAGAGGGGAAAGGGGACGUGGGAGAGAGAAAGAGCAGAUUGUCUUUCUUUUUGCUCCCUGCCUAGUGCAUUAAAAGUUAAUAUGUUAACAUAUCAAAGUACAUCUGGAGAUGAUCUUUGAUCUUUGGCCUUGGCUCACGUCCCCUAUAAGCAGACACGUGUGAGCUUUCUAAUCUUUUUACAAUGUACGCAGGUCUUGUUUAUGUAUACAUUGCCUCAUUUAGCCCCUGCUGACAAAAUGUACUUUUCUAUAUUUAGUCCUUACAUUUGCACAAACCAAUCACAGAGUGUCCUCGGGUGUUUCUCCCACUGCGUCCAGCCCGGUAUGUCUGUCUCUAUAGAAGCAUUUCAAAGUAAAUACAGCAUAGUUGACAGAAAGUUCACGGACGCUGCUUUUUGAUGAAUGGACAACAAAAACAAAACUAGUUUGUGGUCAUUCUGUCAUUUUCCGUCUUCAUUUGCAGUCGUUUUGCAUCCUGUGGUUGUUUUGCAUCAUUUUGUGUUUUUUUUAAAUGUCUCUUUGUAGUCCUUUUGCACCUUUAUGUUGUUGUUUGUCUACAAAACUGUCACUUAAGGGGCUCUUUUCCCGGGAGACCCGCUCAGUAAUCCAUCAACAGUUGCACUGUUGACGUGGCUCGAGCAAUUUUGGCGCGAUGUUAAUCUGGGAGCAAAUGUAACAAACGUCAAAGGGGCUCGGCUUUCCCAGGGGUUUUGUUUUUCACGCCUUUAUCAUCAUUGGUUCUGAAAGUGACACACUGACAACCGGAGAGUUUGUAAGCGCUAAAGGAGGUGAAGACAGAGGGAGAAGUGGUGAUGUAAAAUCUGUAGAAAAAGCCCCAACAAAAAACCUGUGUUGAAAGAAAGAUAGACGAGACGAGGAAAAGAAAACUGUUGAAAAAGGACAGAUAAGGUAGCGUGAUCGCUGGCGAAUGAGCAGAGUCAACAAACACAUACAGAUAACUGCAUUAGUGUGCCGUGCGGCCCCGUCAACCCCGGCAUGUCCCAUGUGUCCUUGGCUGGUGCAGACGUAUCUAUAUGCACACCCAAACACGCACUGCACAUGCAAACAGAAUAAGAAACAUAGCGUUACCAGGAGUCAGGGUAGGAUACUGUGUUCCCAUUUUCAGCAGGGCGACGUGGACGGCUUUAGAGCCUGUACAAUAUAAAGACUUAUAGAUACACAGCGGUACAGAUGCCCUCCUCUCACAUACCAAAACCAAAGGACGUGUCGAAAUGUAAAGGGACUAUUGUUUACUUCUUUGACAUCUAAGUCAAAGAAGCCUCAUGUGUAGGACACAUGAGGCGAGCUGACUGCUGCUGCUCAUGGCGUGAAAAGCUUGCUGGGUCAAAGUAGGUCAAAGUUCAAACGGUUUGAAACCAGAGAUUCGUGUUUUGGAAUUUAUUUUUUCCUGCACCGACCGCAGCAAACUGCUGAGUCGAGAGUUAUUGCUCCCAUCGUGAUAAAUACAUGGAUGUGUACUUGUCCUUUACCUGCACAACAAGCAUGAAAAUCCCCCAAAAUGUGUGUGCACAUUUAGGUUGAACAUUAACGUUGUAGUGUAUGCAGUAUGUCUGUGUUUGUGCGUGCUCAUGUCCACAAGGUCAGGUUUUAAAGAAAUGGCUGCAAAGGUAGCAUUUAGUCCCUUUGUUGUGGCCUAUUAGCACCUAUUAAUAAUGCCCUGACAGCAACUAGCCUGGCCAGAGAGCGAGCAGAGAGGGAGAGUGAAACAUGAUCUCUCUGCCGUCGACUACUCGUGACCCUGGGGUACUGACCCUCCCUUCCACUUCUCCCACUGCAUGCGCCACAUCAACAACACUGGACUCCGGCCCUGUUCCAUUACUUAACCACUAAUUGCUCGGGCCACCUUUGGGAGUUGGGAGCGCUGACCCCCCCGCGUCUGCUGUCAAUGGUGUGAAUUUUAACAAGGGGUCCUCCUCAGGAGCUUAAGGACUGAAACCAUCAUCCUCCUCUGAGGUUACAUUAAACCUGCUCCUCUAUAAUCCGUCUGCGUUCAUGGGGGAAAGACGCCGUAAAGAUCGCUCAUGAGAAGGUUUGACAUGAAAGUCUGUGUCAGUGUAAUGAGAAAAUUGCCACAUCUGAGCUGACUUGUGAUCUGCUGCACAUCAGAGCACUGCAGCUGCUGCAAGAAGCACGUAGUGGUCUUAACAGGUGUCUCGUGGACUCGGCUGGUCCCCUUUGAGUUCAAAUAAUUGGUCAAAGAGCCCUGAAUCAAUAUGCAAUUUCACAGCGAAAUCGCAAGACUUCAUAUUUUUCCAAAUUGGGGUGCGACUGUGACAUUUAAAUGGACAAAAAUCUGAAAGGAGUCGUGCAGAUUGGGGGAGGGUGGGGGGGCUUUCCUCUUCUGUCCUCUCAUUGAAGCAUUUGGCUAAUAAAAUUAAUUCUCAGCUUUUAGGAACUGUUCUGUUAAUGUGUCACACUUUGUCUCAUGGACUCAUCUGCGUCCGUCUUGAUUCACGUGACAUAAAAAUGGAAACAUUCACUCUCGUGAUGCGUCUUUACUUCCUCCGAAAAGUGAAAAGUGAAGCCAAAAUAUCCCGGAUACGGGAGCUGCAAGCUUUCCCCUCAUAGACGCUCCUUUUUCCCUGUACUUUUGUUGUUAAUUGUGUCAUUACUACAGCUAGCAAACUUUCAAAGAGUCUCUUCGUGAACUUAAUUGACUGGAAACAUAAUUCCUAACAUUGUUUCAGGGUCUUUAAUAAUACCUUGAAUUGAUAUCUCCCCAUCACAACACAGCAAAACGCCCUUGACCGUAACGAUUUGUUGCUGGUGUAGAACCUCGUUUCUCACCGGCCUGCUUUGUACUGACGGAUCCUCUCGGUCUGAAGAACAGAGGGGCAUCGAUCUCUUUGGCCUGGAACAGAGCAGGUCAUGUUUAAUGAAUUCUUCGUGUCUCCGGGCGUCAACGUGCAUUCGCUCGUUAUUCUUUUCAUACGUUUUCAAGGCUGUAUUUCAGAGCACGCAAUUCAAGGUGAACCUUUCUUCCUUGAGGGAAGAUCCCAGUUUUUGCAGGCCCAAUUAAAAUUUGGAAGCCGUCCUGGAAGGGAAGAGAAUCAAUGCAUGUGGCUGAGACGUGUGAGGUGUGUGUGUGUGUGUGUGUGUGUGUGUGUGUGUGCGCGCGAGUGUGUGUGUGUGAGUGUGUGUGCGCGCUUUACAAACUGUUAUUGUUAAAAAAAAAUCUGAGAGCUGACAUGUAAUUGAACCUUUCAAGUUGACGUUUGAUCGCCAAGCAGCAGUUUGAUUGGUGCUCAGUGAUUGCAACUUUCCCGAUAUUGCGGAUCACAAAUGCAGAAUCUGUGCUCUACUAUGAGUGUCUGUAUCGAUCUAUGUUUGUAUAUGUGUGUUUGUUCGAGUCGAUACAAGCUAAUUCUAAUAGAGUAGGUGUAACCGCAAUAGAUGCACGCUUCCUCCGGCGCGGUGAUACAUCUGACAUCUGUCGGAUGUAGAAAUAGAAUAGUUCCUACACCGAGCUGCUCACGACAAGGUCCGUAGAUUAUCUUGAGUAAUCGGAUCAUGAUUUCUAGAAAGAACCAUUGCAACCACCUGAACGCCCCAAUUCUGCCUCCUGACUCACCCCGUUCUCUCGUCCUGAUAUUCGUCUUCCAGCUCUGAUAAGCGGGUUUAUUUUGUCUCCGUUCCAACGGUGACCUAAAUCCAAUCUUUUCUUAACCUCUCCUCAUCUUUACCCCCAUGCCCUCCUUCACAAGAUACAGUUUAUAUUAUAUCAAUCUCACUUUGUCUCUUUCGUUCUUUCUCACUCCUUAUCUCCUCUCCUGUCCUCACUGUCUUUCCACAGCUCUAGUAUGCUACGUACUCCUUUCCGCCACAGACCAAUUGACAAACUGUAUUUUCAUGCCCCGUCCUUGGAUACAUGGGAUAUUAAUACAAGCAUAACUUCCUUGGUGGGGGCAAAGGCGAACGAGUACAUGCAAGGACACAGUAGUUAAGAGGGCGACUACUGUGUGUAUGUGGCCUUCAGAGCGGGGGAGUGUGUCCUUACAAAGAUUUAUUACGCUGCGAUUUGAUUCCUGGAAAUACCUUGAUGUAGUGUUCUAGCUGGCUAGCUUCUACUUUACGAGUGAAAUGCAAACUUUACAGCACGUUUGGUCCUCCUGAAUGUUGAACGCUGUAAAGUAUUUAGACUCGGGGCGAUGAUGAAGCUGACGGCGCGGCCCUCAGGGGUCAGUAAAGAGGACUCACUGGAAACACCCACCAGGAGGCUGGAAGCUGAGACGCUGGUUCCACAAAAACAGUUUUAUCCUCUUUUCAGGAAGGAAGUAUGUGAAGAAUAGUAUUAGUAAAUCAUAAUCCUACCUUUGCUGCCACUGAAGCUGCUACUAACAACAGCAAUACUAGGUUAUGUCAUCAUUACUGUUGACACCACAGUCCGUCCUGCUCGGGUCAGAGGGGCCCGGCUGCUGUGUGCGCGACCUUUUGUUUUCAUGACAACAAAUAGAGUUUGUGUGUUGAGUGUGUGCUUGAGAAACGGGGUUUGUUUCACGGCCAAUAGGGUUCUUGAUUCAGGUUCUUGUAAAAGGUAGAUGUGGCUGUUUGUGUAAUGUUUGACUGAAAAGACCUUUUCAUCCCCUCGUAUCUCGUCACAAAACUCCAGCCACAUUCAUCCUCUGGAGGAGUCUAUAUUCUAUCAUUUAGAGGUCUAUUCAGAGCUGUUUAAUGCCGAAGGUUGCAACACUUCAUAAAGCUGAACGUUCUUUAAACCUGCGUUGAUUCAGUGAUUCUGCAAUGACACACAAUGUGUUCAUUCAACGGAUUAGCGGCUCUAAAAGAAGGUGUUUAGUCAGCGCGUUAAAGUGCUGCUAUGAGCUCAUGUUUGGGCUUUUCAAUUCCCUUUGAAUACCUCAGAUAUGUAUGCAAUUUAUUUUAUGAAUCAAAAGGACCACUGCACAUUCUUUCAAUGAAGUAAGUCUUCUUGUUGGGCUGCAUCUCAGAAUUAUAUGAAUUCAAAAUGUUAUAGAAAAUACCAAAAAUGUAGAAUAAAACAUGAGCCCGAGAACCUCUUAAUUGUUCUUUGUCCGACCAACAGUUCAAAACCCAAAGUUAUUUAAUUUAUAAAGACAUAAAACAGAAAAUCAGCAAAAGCAUCCUCACCAGCUAAUCGUUGCUGUUUUUGCUUGAUUGAUUGCUUAAACGAUAAAUAGAUAAUAAAUAUUGUCCAUUACUUUUCUUUCAAACCACAAAUUGAUUAAUUGAGUAAUUGUUCCAACAUUAAUUUAAGAAUGAACUAAUUAAUAUCCUCAUCUCGCCUCAUAUUUACAACUUUAAAUUCAAAUGAUCAUUAUUUUCUGAGCUUCCGUCGGCCUCACACAGAAGGUUUCGCCGUGUGAAUCGUUCUCCUUCUGCUGUACAAUGACUCAAACACAACUCCUUUGCCAGCAGAGAAAGGUUUGUUUUGAAUAUGUAUGUAAUCUGUCUAUUAGCAGUAAAAGCACUAAUAAUAUCAGUCAUGUCUAAGGGCAUUCUCAUGCCCUGUAUCCCACUGUUCCGGAUUAGAAAGGCAUUGAACCAGGGAUUAGCGGGGGGGGAUAAAGCCUUCCUUUGACAACAGGGGAGGGAGGCAGAGGGCUAAUGGAUCAAGACCCUCUGAGCACACACAAACACUCUUUCACACAGAUCAGCUCCUCAUCUCAAAGCUACUUAUCCCUGCGCGAGAGGUGACAUUCCGGAAGAAGUUUUCAAGUUGUAGCCGCAGCGGUUGAAGGUGACGGAGCUCCCCUCUGACCUGCAGGCCACCGUUUCAGUUCUGACUCCGUGUGUGGCUCCGAGGAACCCGUCUGCUGGUGGGUACACCAGGAACUGUUUCCCCUCUCUGACCCGGUCGUCUGUAUCAGUGCAUGUCGUGUGUUGGAAGCCUCACGUUUGGAGUUGCAUUCAUUUGGGUCGGGUCGUUUGGCAGCUUCCUCCCCAAGACACUCUUGAGAGAAUCCAUCAAAAAAAAAAAAAGAUAAAAGCAGGAUCUUCACCCAACCUUUGAAAAUCAAGUUAUGAGUAUAUUAAUAUUGAAGGAAUAUAUUGAAGGAAAGAGUCUGAUGCACCUUUCAAAAGGCUGACAGGAUGUGUGUGUGUGUGUGUGUACAGGCUUGCAUGUAUGAAAUGUGCAAAAGGGUUUUCAGGAUAAAUGCACGACACUUAUGGCUGCAACCAGCGAUUGUUUUUAUCAUUGAUUAACCUGCUGAUUAUCUACUCAAUUACACAAUUAAUCAUGAAAAAUCCCACUUUCCCACUGUGUCCUGUUGUGUCCAAAACCCAAAGAUAUCAUAGAGGACUAAGAAAGCCAGGUAAUGGUUCCAGCUCUGUGUAUCUCACGGUGUACUUUGUUCUCUUCCAGACUGGAUCCCACUCCUCCCUCCGCGUCCCUGAGACCCCGACUGGCGCCCCGGCCCCUGGGUCUGCCGAUUGACCUCCAGCAUCUCGCAUAUCUCACCGAGCCGACCUCACUUUGACUCCCUCUGGGGACCCCCGACCCAUCCUCACCCAAAAAAAAAAAAAAAAGAAAGAAAGAAAAACCCAGGGACGGGACCCUGUCAUAUUUCACUGACGGCCCCCUCCCAACCGGCGAAUGACAAGCGGGCAUCCGAGGGUGGGGCUUGCCUCAGUCUCUCAUGAUUGGUUGCUGGAUGGAAUUAAGGUGAAUGGAACUCGUGUCCAACGAGCAGCACCCUAACCCUUCUGAGGGAGAGGAGAAAGGGUGGCUCAAUGGCCCGAAAAGGAAGAGGAAGAACAGCCAAUGUUCCUUGAAGAGUAUGACUGCACAUUGUCUGAGUGACAGCUCCAAAUCCCUCGAGCUGAAAGAAGCAAAUAAAGAAGGGUACAUCCCCAGCUACCUCGAAAAAGAUGAGCCAUGUGUAGUGUGUGGUGACAAGGCCACAGGUUACCACUACCGCUGCAUUACCUGCGAGGGCUGCAAGGGUUUCUUCCGCAGGACCAUUCAGAAGAACCUCCACCCGAGCUACUCCUGUAAGUACGAUGGCUGCUGCAUCAUCGACAAGAUCACCCGCAACCAGUGUCAGCUGUGCCGCUUCAAGAAGUGCAUUGCAGUGGGCAUGGCCAUGGACUUGGUGCUGGACGACUCAAAGCGGGUGGCUAAGCGGCGUCUGAUCGAAGAGAACAGGGAGCGACGCAAGAAGGAGGAAAUGGUGAAAACCCUCCAGAACCGUCCGGAGCCGACCGACAGCGAGUGGGAGGUGAUCCACCUGGUGACGGAGGCCCACCGACACACCAACGCUCAGGGCGCACAGUGGAAACAGAAGCGCAAAUUCCUGCCAGAAAAAAUCGGCCAGUCCCCGGUCGCCCCGACGUUAGACGGAGACAAGGUGGACCUGGAGGCCUUCAGCGAGUUCACUAAGAUCAUCACUCCUGCCAUCACCCGCGUCGUCGACUUUGCCAAAAAACUGCCCAUGUUCUCUGAGCUACCUUGUGAAGACCAGAUCAUCCUGCUGAAGGGCUGCUGCAUGGAGAUCAUGUCGCUGCGAGCCGCCAUGCGCUACGACCCCGAGAGCGAGACGCUGACGCUGAGCGGCGAGAUGGCCGUGAAGCGCGAGCAGCUGAAGAACGGCGGGCUGGGCGUGGUGUCGGACGCCAUCUUCGACCUGGGCAGGAGCCUGGCGCAGUUCAACCUGGACGACACGGAGGUGGCGCUGCUGCAGGCCGUGCUGCUCAUGAGCUCAGAUCGCUCUGGCCUCACCUGCAUGGACAAGAUCGAGAAGUGCCAGGAGACCUACCUGCUGGCGUUCGAGCACUACAUCAACUACCGCAAGCACAACAUUCCUCACUUCUGGCCGAAGCUCCUGAUGAAGGUGACCGACCUGCGGAUGAUCGGGGCGUGCCACGCCAGCCGCUUCCUUCACAUGAAGGUGGAGUGUCCCAACGAACUCUUCCCGCCGCUCUUCCUGGAGGUCUUCGAGGACCAGGAGGUGUGAAACUCAGCCGCCUGCCGCGCGAAGGGCGGAACAGGAAACCGUGGGAAAACUCGUGAGAUGGGAAGGGCCAUUGUUUUUUUUUUUAUAGGGGAAGGAUGGAGGGAGAGUCCUCUCUGCAUUUCUCCGACAUCGCAUUUACAGUAUGUGGUUUUAAAAGAAAAACAAACAAGUGGAACCAACAAUAACAGAAACAACACACCAGCAACAGGAGAGUCAAGCAAACAGGGGAUUUUGUUUCACGAACACCCUCUCCUCCACCUCUUUCUCCUCCUUUUACUUACCCCUGUUUUAAAAUCCGUGUGGGGGCCCUUCUGUCUGAGCAUGAUGUCUUAUCUAGUAAGAGUUGUAGCCAUUUGCCAAGACACGUACACCGAUACACACACACACACGCACACACACACACACUCAGCCUGUUCCACCUCAGUUCUUCAGAACAGCACACUUUUGCAGGGGUCCGUUCCCCCUCUCUGGUUCUUCUUUUUUUUAAAGCGGUCACAGAUUUACACACCUGAAGCCCAUGUUUCCAGCACCUCUCAGUAUUAUUUCUGAAUAAGUGUUAAGGCUUGUAAUUCAGAGAUAUGGACACAGGUGACAUAUAUGCUCACAGUCAUGCAUGCACACGCAAUCAGCAAACACUGCACAUUGAAGACAUUUCCAGCAGAUGCUCUAAGCGUUGCUUUGGUGUAUAAUGGCUGCAGUACAGCAGAGCUACCAGACUUUAGUCUUUUAUCGAUUCCUCAACUCAAUCUGAGCCGUUUAAACAGCUCUUUUUUUGGAGCUUCGUACUUAGAUUCCAGUAAAAACCGGUGCUAUAUUUAUACAAGGCUACUCCAGUUUUAUGAAAUUGUGUUGUCUACCUUUUGAGAAACAAAAAAAUGUGCAGAACAUGGCUCCAUAUCUACCUUCAUUUUUGUCAUUGGACCGGCUCCUGUGACACACACAAAGAAACACACACAUAUGAGCUGACUUGCCUUGUCAUCGCCCGCGCUGCUUGUGCCAGCAGCCCACCGUCAUAUUAAUGACAAUGAGGCUUUGAGUGCAUUGAGAAGAAGACAGAGAGAAAGAAGGGAGGGAGGGAGGGGAGGAGUAAGGGGGAGAGACACUUGGAAGGGAGGGAGGAGCAGAGAUGGAGAGAGGAAACAAGAUUUAACAGCUGAACUGUAAAGUCGGAGCCAGAGUCAGAAUAAAUCUCCCGCACGCAGCCUCCAAGGAGGUUUUCAAUAGCAGCGACCAGCGAGACGGCAAAGCUCAUCUUACACACACACACACUCUCUCUGUCUUUCUCUCACACACACACACAUAAACACACAACAUCACCUCAGAGUAACGUGAAUGCCUCAUUUUACUGUAUGCACUGCGCGGCAGUGUCGAUAUACAGCCCUCACCUGCAGGGUUUGUACAGAGUCCUCUCCUCACGGACUCUUCUCAAUGUGGCCCUCCAAGGCUUCCAUACACAUCUGCCUUUGUUUUUUUGUUUUUUUUUAACCAUGGGCGUCACUGAGAAAGCAGGCAAAUGCCAAGAAGGCUACCAUUUACCUCAAAAAGUGGAUUACACCCCCAGGCUGGGGCCGCGAUUCUGCCCCCGUGGUGUCAGGCACUACCUCACCUCUGUGGACACGGGGCAGCUGCAGACAUACACCAUUCAAGUUGGCGCAUGUGUAGGUUAACACGCAAAUGUGCAUAAUAUUUACGUCGGUGCACACUUGUAGUCACGGAAAGACAAAAAAACAACACUUGCAUCAUGAACACACACGCACACGCACACACCCUCAGUGCUAUCGCUUGGUUGAAAUGAAUUACCAUUGAAGACAGGAGGGCCAGCCAUCUCCCCCCCCGGAAAAGGUUUUUUUUAUUUUUUACCGACUCCAGGGAAUGGUACCCAUCGCAUUCGGGUUUCUCUUUUUCUUUUUUUUUGUUAUACGGGACCAAGUGUCGUCUUUUGAAAUUUGGAUUUACCUGUUCCUAUCAAAAACGGAAACCGACUCACAGAAGCGACGAAGGACGGCGUAGAUGCGUGCAGCCCAUUUACGCGAGCAGCAAGAGGACAGAUGACGGAGAGAGUACCUGGGGGGAAAAAAAACCUCGGAGGCCACGCCCGUUGAAUUAGCAUGCAGAGAAAGGGCUGUUUCCUUCUGCAUCAUGGCGAUUUUCCACAGUGCACUCAUGAUGGCUGCCGUUGGAUCUUGACAGAUGUAUAUUUCAUGGAAAUAAGCUUUCAUUCAUGCAAGGACCGUGCAUUAGACGUAGAAAAAAGUAGAAUGUUCUCCACCGAAAUUAAGCUUCUUAGGAGGCAGCUCAAAAGCUCUUUUAGUCCCAUGCACUUUACCAACGCUCACCACUAUGACGGUAAUAUCUCACGGCAAACAUCCAUGGCAGGUAUCAUAGUGUACUAGCCAAAUGACCAUUCAAGAAUGUUGAUUUGAUCACAAAAGCCCAGUCUGUUCAUUCCAAUUCUGGGGCCAAGCCAAAUCUAACUGGGUUUACCACUCUUGCAAGAGGAGAAUGAAAGGAAAAGAAAGACUUAAGAAAAUAUAUUAUAUACUCAAAGCCAAGCAGUAGUUCGCCGCUCGGUGCUUGUACAGGACGGGUAACCUGCACCCCUGGGAAGUACCUCAGCAGAGCGACACGCGGCAGGGGAUCGUGGGUAAUCGACAAGGAUGCUCUUUCUGGAGCCUAGCUCGAGACUAAAUUGCUCCCCUACCACCGUUAUAACAGCCCCCAACCAGCCAGGCUGGUGGGAGCUUUUGCACUACUGCAGCGGUCCUCCCUUUCGGCCCCUUACUCGUCAAAGUUUAACCAACAAUUGUUGGAUUACCCAAUAGUUCCCCCCCCUGCCUCAUUAUGGGGCGAGUUUUGGGUGGCAGGUACGAAUUUGAGGUGAGUUUUGGUGGCUCUGUGUAACAGAUGCUGGCAGUAUCAGUGGGCUCAGUCCCAAACCUGACCCGUUAGUCAGUAUUAGACCAACUUAACUGUGGGCUGUGUAGAAUUAAUUAAUAAUUAAUUAAUAAUUCUCCCAUCAUCCCUCCUGUAGCGUCAGCCCAGUGGAAUUUCAAAUUCAGAGCCCUCCCUUCCAUAAUCAUCUUCUCUCCUCUUCCCUAAGCAAUCUAGCUUAGGGAAGGUUAGGCUUAGGGAAGGAGGCGACCCACUCACCGCUGAGUGGGUCGCCUCCCCCCUCCCCCGUAGUUUGGCCCCCAAAUAUCAUUGACACCAAACGGGAUCCAGGCCUCUCCCUUGUGAGACAAGGCUGGCCAUAACCGCCCUUUAGAGUGGCGACCACCGAAUGAAUGUGAUCGGCAGAGCGACGGCAAUGGGAAUGAGAGACUUGAGCGCGAGAUUGUGAGGAUGUAAGAGAAACAGAAGAAAGCGUGGGACAGAAAACACAAAAAAAUAAAAGCUGAGGGCUUCGACCCCUCACUGCCAUCAUUGACGUGGGAGAGAGAGGGGCGAUGUGGCCGGUUGUAGAGACGAUGUUAACGAACACUCGGGAGGAGUGGGAGGUGGCGGCGCAGGGAUACGUACGCUCUCCCCUUCAGUUCCAACGACAACCGCAUAUGAGCCCCCCCUCGCAUGCCAGCUGACGAGCCCAAACGUCCCCCCUCAGCUCCCUCCAAAAGGAUAACCUCCAACCUCCACAUGGCGAGGAUCACAAAGAGAUCCCUCGUGCCAGAGAUACAGGUUUGGAAUUUCCAACACAUCUACGUAAAAAUAACUGAAAAAGAGAGAAGAAGAAAAUACAAAAAGCUAUUGAUGUCCUUUGUUCUCGUGAGCUGACUGGGUAUGUGUGUGUGACAGUCGGGGUUAUAAUGCUGCUUUACCUUCUGAGUCUGAUUUAGAUUAAGAAAACAAAAAAAGAAGAUAUAUGAAAUUAUUAUAAAUCCACGAAACAAGAUGAAAAGAGAUGACUUUUAAAAAAAGAAAUGGACUCCUGAACAAAAUGAUUGGAGAUGUUUUUCAUUUCAUCAUUGUUUCCUUAUGUUUCUGUUUGUUCUUUUGACGCUUAAACUGCUUCUGUGUAAAAAAGGAAAAAAAACAGCUGUAGUCACUUUUUGACCAUGCGUGCAGUGUAACAGAGAAUAUGUCACUUCUUUUUCACAUCUAUACUUUGUGUUGAUAAGCCAACUGAUCUGUUUGUGUGUGUGUCUGUCCAGUCGUCCGUCCCCUUUUAUCAGGAGGAAUUUACAACCAACAAA